ACGUCAAAACCCUGCGACAACGGCACGAAGGACCGCGCUGUAAAUGAGUGAAGGAGAAGCUCGUAAUGUUUACCGAAAUAGCAAACGUGUCCAUUAUUUACACCAGGCAGGCUAUUAUUUCGCAACUGGUAAUGAUUUUGUGAUGUUAACGAUCUGAUUUAAUUCGACAGAGGAUGGAGGGUUUGUGUAAAAUCAGCUGGAGUAACGCCAGGAUCCCGUAGCUAUAGAUACGUAAAGGGUGGGAUUAGUGUGUGAGAGAGACACUGCUGGCUAAUAGUGCAGUGAUUUAGUGCAGAAAUGAAGUAGCUGUGAUAACACGUCCUGUGGGCACUACAAAGAGUUUACCUUCAUGUAUAUUCUCUAGAAAACGACAAAGUUUUUGGAAUGCAUUUCUUCAAAAAAUGCUCCGUGUUUAAAGUGGUGCUGAGUGCCCUGCUCAUUGUGGCCCUGCUGCAGCUGAUCUACCUGUCCUUCCUGUCCAAGCUGCACGGCAAACAGCAGCGCUACAAGUAUUCAGAGCUGUUCGGCUCCAAGAGGAACACGCAGACCAAUGAGAAGAACUCUAAGCGAGAACGCCUGAGGUACUCCUUAUCCAGUGGAGGCAUCUUCGACAGCAGUGGUCAGUACCGCGUGUACAAGAACCUCAUCAAGAGUGACUUCUCCACCAACCAGAAGCUGGGCGCCGAUCCCAGAUCCCAUCACCUCGCCUUGGUGACUCACACGACCAUCAACAACCUCCAUCAUUUGGAUUCUUUGCUUGAACGCUGGCAGAAUCCGCUCUCUGUGGCGAUUUUCGCUCAUGGCCAAGAUGUUAAGUUUGCCACGGCCCUUGUCUACGCUCUCAGCCUCUUCUGUCCACGCGUCCAAGCCUUGGUGGAUUUCCACCUGGUAUGCCACUCGGAGGAGAUGGCCAGCUUCCCGGAGCAAGACAGAGAGCACUUCGCUGGACUCGAGGAACAAGGUUGUCCUGGUGUCUUUGCUAAGCUUGAAGCCCACCGAGACAAGUACAAGAAUUACGCUAUGGGAAGAAACGUCUCCUACCCCAACAACCUUCUCCGCAACGUGGCCCGGACUGGCACCGACGCCGGCUACGUCCUCGUCCUCGACAUUGACAUGGUACCCAGUGCAGACCUGCAUCACCAGUUUGUGAUGAUGCUGAUGAAACGUGAGCCGGCCCCGGAUGAGGUCCUGGUCUUGCCUGCUUUUGAAAUAAGGCACACGCGCAAGAUGCCUGGUACAAAAUCCGAGCUUGCGCAGCUGUACCUGGUCGGUGAGGUGAGGCCCUUCUACGAGGAACUGUGCCCACGAUGCCAGGCGCCCACCAACUACUCCCGCUGGAUUAAUCUGGUUACCAAGAGCUCCGGGCCUCUGGAGGUGGCGUAUACGCAGAACUGGGUCGACCCGUGGGAACCCUUUUACGUCGGGGCUAAAUCAGUGCCACUGUAUGACGAGAACUUCAGACAGUACGGCUUCAACCGGAUCAGUCAAGCAUGUGAGCUCCAUGUAGCAGGUUUCAGGUUCUCGGUGGUGAGUAACGCCUUUGUGGUGCACCGUGGCUUUAAGAUUCAGGGCGACUUCCACAGCCGCAAAGACGAGGAGAACCGCAGAAACCGCCUGCUCUUCCGUAGCUUCAAGGAAGGUCUGAAAAACAAAUACCCCAACUCGCCUCGCCAUUGCUGAGGCCUGGAUCUCCUGAGGAACACCCGGGCCUCGUCAGUGCAGCUUUAGUAUACAACAAAAAUGAGUUAUGAAUGCUCCACGCUGGUGCAGAAGUGCUGAGUGUUAUAUACAAUAUGACUCUUACAGUUUCUGAUGUCUUGGCACACAACUCGCGCUCAAACACUAACAGUAUACUAAUAGUGUGCGACAAUCCAGAUGUAGGAAAUUGUGACAUGUUCUUUAACGUAUUGUUUUGUAGUUAAUGUGUCGCUACACUGGACGGAGAACAGGGUCUCUAUCAAUGUAACACUGGAAAUGAGACUCUGUGCCAAGGAGAUGAAAUCAUUCCAUCUGAUUACAUACGUCCAUGUGAAAGCUUCCUGUCUGCGUACGUAGCCUUCAGCUGUGAAGAGAAACAUGACAAGGUCCUUUGUGUCUUUACUGCGGAUAAAAACGGUCACCUUUUUCAAGCUGGUACAGUUUACCUAAGUUAACUUUAAUAGACGAAUCCGAGUCCUUCGUGCUCAGCGUGACGGCUUUACUGUGCGACAGCGAAGGCAUUACUGAUGACAAACCACAAACUGUGUUAUAUUCCAAUUGCCGCUUAGAAUAGGAGUGUAAUCAAACGUUAAGAAAUCAGAACAAAGAUAAAUACUGCACUGUUCUGAUCAUCUACUGUAGUGGAACUGCACAGUACUGAAACAGCUUCUCUUUACAUUCAUCCCAAAGCUUAAUCAGGAUCUGGAAAUUAUUAUUAUAAUAAUUAUUAUUAGGAUUAUUAAUAAUCAGAUUCUGUGUGAGUAGACCAACACUGACAAACCAAAUGCUGUUAGUAAGAGUGUACUUGAUACAAAAACGGCUGUGUGAUGCGUCUCUAGUUAUUCGCAGAUGUGAGACUGAGAGAAAAACCACUUCAGUUAUGAUUAUUGUGUGUAAAUGGUGUGACUCGUUGUAACGUAAGUAACGGUAAUGGUACGUAACGGAUAUCAAAACCCCAUAUUUUAUUAAUUAUCAUAAAUAAAGCAUCUGUGUUAAACUAUUAAAAUCGAUAUACAAUUUAUUACUGCGGAGUAAGAAGAAAAGUGAUGAUUUGUUGCCAUUUUUUUCCCUUUUAGUCUUUUCUGGUAGCAUUUUUACUGCAGCCUUUUUGCUGUGUUUUGACUAAAGCAUGUCAUUGUACAUAUUAUUAUUUUUAUUUAUUUUUGUAUGUUGAGUUCUUUGUUAAAGUCUGUCUUAACUUAUUAUUAUUAUUAUUAUUAUUAUUAUUAUUAUGAUGACUGUCCAUCACCACUCAGUGUUCUCCACUACAACUGGACCCAAAUCACGACGGCAGGAGUACAACACCACCAGCGGGGAGACGUGUAUAGCAGCUGAUGUGUGGGGAUGUGUUUUCUCCCGCUGUGUUUGUCACUGUGCCUUUGUUUCCAUUUGUAGCACUACUGAAAGUAUUUUUUAAAGGAUUUCCCUUACGUUCUUUGAUGCGGUACAUUAUACAAAGACACUAUACUGUAUCUGUCAGUAUUUGAGUAAUGCUUGAAUUGUAAGUAACUACAGGAUGUUUUAUUAUACACUGAUAAAUGAAUAA